UGUUCUCUUUAUUCCGUCCGCUUCCACAGUUCCACGCAUCUUCCCUCCCUCUCGCCGACUCGCCGGACGGGGCUCCCGCCCCGGCAAACCCGGACACCAAUGGCCGCCGCCGUCCCCAACGGCCACCCCGAAGGGACGCCCGCGCCGCCGCCGUCCUACUCCUCCUCCUCCUCGCUGGUGUUCCUGGGCACGGGCUGCUCCAGCGCCGUCCCGAACGCGCGCUGCCUGAUCCAGCCCCCCGACCCGCCCUGCGCCGUCUGCUCCCAGUCCCUCUCCGUGCCCCCCGAGCUAAACCCUAACUACAGGUGUAAUACUUCUCUUCUGAUUGACUAUUGCCAAGAUGAAGAUGUGCACAAAUAUAUUCAAAUUGACGUUGGGAAGACAUUCCGUGAACAAGUUCUACGGUGGUUCGUUUGCCACAAAAUCCCUCGUGUUGAUUCUAUUAUUCUCACUCAUGAGCAUGCAGAUGCGAUCUUGGGUCUUGAUGAUAUUCGCGUUGUACAGCCAUUUAGCCCUACAAAUGAUAUUGAUCCAACCCCUAUUUAUCUCUCCCAAUAUGCCAUGGACAGCAUUGCCAUGAAGUUCCCUUACUUGGUCAAAAAGAAACUGAAGGAAGGAGAGGAAGUCAGGCGAGUUGCUCAACUUGACUGGAGAAUAAUUGAGAGUGACCUUCAGAAACCGUUUACUGCCUCAGGGCUAGAGUUUGUUCCCUUGCCGGUGAUCCAUGGUGAGGACUACAUUUGUCUUGGUUUCCUUUUCGGGAGAAAAUCUAAAGUUGCUUAUAUAUCAGAUGUUUCACGAUUUCCUCCCAGCACUGAACAUGCAAUUUCAAAAUCUGGAGGGGGGCAGCUAGAUUUGCUCAUCUUGGACUGCCUAUACAGGACUGGUUCUCAUAAUGUGCAUCUUUGUUGGGAUCAGACACUAGACGCUCUUAAGAGGAUAUGUCCCAAAAAGGCAUUGCUCAUUGGGUUGACUCAUGAGAUGGACCACCACAAGGACAACCAAACAUUGGAAGAAUGGUCCAGAAGAGAGGGGAUUGAUGUGCAAUUAGCUCGUGAUGGCUUGCGUGUCUACAUUGAUCUGUAAAUGCGAUAAGGCCAUUGUUGAUUCAGUGUUCCGCGCCAAGUUUCCAGCUGCUUUGACAAUGCAGCCCCUAUUGGAAAUGAAAAAGGAAAGAUCAAAUGUUGCUUUGCAAACUUCCCUGGCCAACCAGUAGAUACAUCUUAGUAUAAUCAUCUACAAAAUGAAUAAAAAGUGAAGAAGUCGCUCACAAAUCCUGUUCUUUUAUCUUCUGGUACCCCCAUGCUUGAAUUGCUCUCAUCAUCUCCCACAACGGAUGGGUCUCAGUGCGAUAGAUAGCAAAUGGUGCAAUGUACUCCCUCCGUUUCUAAAUACUUGUAGUGGUUCUAGGCCAACUUUGCACUAAAACCACGACAAGUAUUUAGAAACAGAGGGAGUAAUAUGAUCGUUUCGGAUGAACAAUGUUGAAGAAUUCCUGGGACUUUUUGGCGCCAUGCGAACGCAUCUCACGGUCACUGGCAGUUGCAUUACUGUGAUUUUGGAACCGUCGAUGUUUUUUUUUAAUGUUCCUAGUGAUUGUUCUGACUGGAGAAUGGUAUAAAAAACGGUUUAAGGUGCAACAUCCCAUUUUUGGGGAACUUUAUUUCCUGCAAGUCGCUGAGACAACUGUGCAAAGAAAUUCUUGAUUUACACAGAAAAAAGAGAGUCUAUUUCCUUA